AUGGCAUCAACACCACCGCCCAAGUCCAUGUUUACCGAUGACCCUGAGGAGACAACAACCGCCAACGAGGAGGGACACGAACACGAACGCCUCCUUCAAAAAUACAUCUCACGCGCACUCGAACCAACAGACAAAAGAAAACACCGACGUGACAUGCAGAGCAGGCUACGAACCGAUCAAGUCUUACGCCGCAAAAUCAUCGUCGGUGCUUGUGUGGGUAGCUUGGUUUUCCUGGCGCUACUUGGCUUCGGCGUCAGUAUAUUGGCAGCAUAG